CGUUUUUCGAUGUGUGCAGAACAACAGCAGCGCUUGCACGAGAAAGACCCGUUUUUCGUCGUACCCAUCCAGAAACGAGUUUGAGGUUGUGUUCCUAUUCUUUGCUUUGCGGUGUCUUGUAAGAAAAUCUGUGCAGAAAAAUGGCUCUCCACGUCCCGAAAGCACCCGGUUUCGCUUCCAUGCUGAAGGAAGGCGCUCGCGCAUAUUCCGGCUUGGAGGAAGCAGUGUACCGUAACAUCAAUGCUUGCAAGGAAUUUGCCAGUUCAGUACGAUCGGCAUACGGUCCCAAUGGCAUGAACAAAAUGAUCAUCAAUCAUAUCGAGAAGCAGUUCGUCACUUCCGAUGCGGGUACCAUUAUGAGGGAGCUGGAUGUUGAACAUCCGGCUGCGAAGCUGAUGAUCCAAGCCAGCCAGAUGCAGGAAGCCGAAGUUGGAGAUGGCACGAAUUUCGUGGUAGUCUUCUGCGGAGCGUUGUUGGAGGUGGCUGAGGAACUGCUGCGGUUGGGAGUGACCACCAGCGACAUCACCGAAGGAUACGAGAAAGCGCUGGAUAAGGCAUUGGAGAUUCUGCCGAAGCUGGUGUGUCACGAAGUGAAGGACUACCGGAAUCUGGAGCAGGUCAAGGAAGCCAUGAAGGCUUCGAUCAUGUCUAAGCAGUUGGGCAAUGAGGACUUUAUCACGGAUUUGAUUACGAAAGCUUGCGUUUCGAUUCUGCCGGAGAAGACCACGUUCAAUGUGGACAACAUUCGUGUGUGUAAGAUCCUGGGAAGUGGACUGCACACGUCGGAGGUGGUCCAUGGAAUGGUUUUCAAGAGAUUUGUCGAAGGAGAUAUCAGUUCAGCCAAGGAUGCCAAGAUUGCAAUGUACUCCUGCCCGGUUGAUAUCAUUCAGACGGAAACGAAGGGAACUGUCUUGAUCAAGAGCGCCGAAGAGUUGAAGAGCUUCAGCAAGGGUGAAGAGAAUCUCCUGGAAACGCAGAUUAAGGCCAUCGCCGACACCGGAGCGAAGGUUAUCGUCGCAGGAGGUAAGUUCGGUGACAUGGCUUUGCACUACAUGAACAAGUAUGGAUUGAUGGCGGUUCGCCUGAACUCCAAAUUCGAUCUCCGCCGGUUGAGCAAGGCCGUUAAUGGAACCGUAUUGCCCCGUUUGACAUCGCCAAGAUCGGAGGAACUUGGUUACUGUGACAAUGUCUUCGUCAACGAACUGGGAGAUACCUCGGUUUGCAUCUUCCGAUCGGAAGGUACAGACAGCCGAAUUGCCACCAUUGUAAUCCGCGGCUCCACCGACAACUACAUGGACGAUAUUGAACGUGCGAUCGAUGAUGGCGUCAACACAUUCAAGGGUCUCACACGGGACGGACGCUUCCUCCCGGGAGCUGGAGCAAUCGAAAUCGAACUCGCCCGGCAGCUAGCUGAAUACGCUGAUACACUGCCUGGUUUGGAUCAGUACGCCGUUCGCAAGUUUGCAGUUGCUCUGGAAGUAUUCCCGAAGGCUCUGGCUGAUAACAGCGGAAUCAACGCGACGGAAAUCCUCAACAAGUUGUAUCUAGCACACAAGGAAGGCAAGCUGAACGAAGGAUUCGACAUCGAUGCGGAACAGCCGUCGACAAUCGACGUGAACAGCACCAAGAUCUACGACCUGUUCCAGACCAAAUAUUGGGCUCUGAAGUAUGCCGUCGGUGCUGCGUGUACGAUUCUGAAGGUGGACCAGAUUAUCAUGGCGAAGAGGGCCGGUGGACCGAAGCCCCGAGCCGGUGGAGCCAACAGCGAUGAUGAGUCGUAAGAAGCUCCGUAUCGUAUCGUCAAUACUUAUUCUAUAUAAACAUAAAUAUGAUUAUUACUAUUAAUCCCGUAACAAUUUUUGUGUUAUCGUCAUCGCCUAGGCGGUAGAACAUCUGCCUAUUCCUACUCGUACGUUUGCGUAUUUAAAGUAGCAUUUUCACCCCAAACUCAUCCGUUGCUCUUCUGUUGUACGCACUUUAUAAGCUUUUGCUGCGGCUGGCUAACCCACAUUACACAAGCAAAUACAUUUCGUUCCAGGAGGAUGAAUACCAUCACUUGAUAACUAAA